UAAAUUGACAGCUGUCUUCAAGUCGGUGCAAAAACAGAACGCAUUCAUUUGCCAAAAUAUUUUGAAAAAAUGCUCAAAAACUUAUCCAAAAAUACGGUAUUGGCUUUGUGUAUAACUGUUAUUAGACCGUAUUUCGCCCUAGGAUACGCCAACAUGUCGUCUGGAUCUGGGAGUAUCGACGCAGAUAAAUAUUCCGUAGCUUAUGUGACGGUACCAAACACAGAAGUUGGAAAGACUAUAGGCCACGGAUUGGUGAAGAACAAAUUGGCUGCCUGUGUGAACAUCAUACCACAAGUCACUUCUAUUUACGAGUGGAAAGAUGAGAUCAAUGAAGAUAGUGAGGCAUUGCUGAUGAUCAAAACAAGGACCACUCAAAUGGACAAACUCACAGAUUUCGUACGAGCCAAUCAUCCUUAUGAAGUAUGUGAAGUGAUCUCAUUGCCCAUUAAGAAUGGAAACCCACCAUAUUUGAAGUGGAUCGGGGACUCUGUGCCAGAAAAUUAAAUUAAGACUAUUUUAUUUAGUGCUAAGUGUUGCUUUUGAUUAUAAAAUGUUAUUUAUUACUAUUACAUUAAGUACAUAAUGUGCAUUUAUUAUGUAUGA